AUGCACAGGACGUUCAUUGAGACUCACAGCAUGCCCUCAGGCAUGGGGUGCACCCUCAGAGAGUACCUCUGCCUUUCAGGCAAAGAGAGUGCCUUCAGGCACGGGGAGUGCCUUCUGGCACUGGUAGUGCCUUCAGGCAUGGCACUGGGCAUGCCUAACCCUUCAGGCAUGGGGCGAGCCUUCAGGCAGGGGGAGCCUUCAGGCAAGGGGCGAGCCUUCAGGUGUACCAACAUUCGACCAGGAGAGACUGGAAUGGAUGUAACAAGCCGCUGCACCCUUGGAGACCCCAAUAAACUGCCAGAAGGGGUUCCCCAACCCGCCCGCAUGCCCUAUAUUUCAGACAAGCACCCUCGACAAACCUUGGAAGUGAUUAAUCUUCUGAGAAAGCAUCGGGAGCUAUGCGAUGUGGUGCUAGUUGUGGGCGCUAAGAAGAUAUAUGCCCAUCGAGUCAUUUUGUCAGCCUGCAGUCCCUACUUCCGAGCUAUGUUUACAGGAGAAUUGGCAGAAAGCCGUCAGACAGAAGUAGUGAUCCGAGACAUAGAUGAGAGGGCUAUGGAACUACUGAUUGACUUUGCGUAUACCUCCCAGAUAACUGUGGAAGAGGGCAAUGUUCAGACCCUUCUGCCAGCUGCUUGCCUCCUCCAGUUGGCAGAAAUACAGGAAGCCUGCUGUGAAUUCUUAAAGAGACAAUUAGAUCCUUCUAAUUGCCUGGGCAUUCGGGCUUUUGCUGACACACAUUCAUGUCGUGAGUUGCUAAGGAUAGCAGACAAGUUCACUCAACAUAACUUUCAAGAGGUGAUGGAAAGUGAAGAGUUCAUGUUGCUUCCAGCCAAUCAGCUCAUUGAUAUAAUAUCUAGUGAUGAACUAAAUGUUCGCAGUGAAGAACAGGUGUUCAAUGCAGUGAUGGCCUGGGUCAAAUACAGUAUUCAAGAAAGACGUCCUCAGUUACCCCAGGUGCUGCAGCAUGUUCGUCUGCCUUUGCUUAGUCCCAAGUUCCUGGUGGGCACUGUAGGCUCUGAUCCCCUCAUCAAAAGUGAUGAGGAGUGCAGAGACUUGGUAGAUGAAGCUAAAAACUAUCUCCUCUUACCUCAAGAACGACCACUGAUGCAAGGACCAAGGACAAGACCACGGAAACCUAUCCGAUGUGGAGAAGUACUCUUUGCAGUUGGUGGCUGGUGCAGUGGAGAUGCUAUUUCUAGUGUUGAACGAUAUGAUCCACAGACCAAUGAAUGGCGAAUGGUAGCUUCGAUGAGCAAAAGGCGAUGUGGAGUUGGGGUCAGUGUUCUUGAUGACCUGCUGUAUGCAGUAGGAGGCCAUGAUGGAUCCUCAUAUCUCAAUAGUGUUGAAAGGUACGACCCCAAAACAAACCAAUGGAGCAGCGAUGUGGCUCCCACAAGCACGUGCAGGACGAGUGUUGGUGUGGCGGUGCUCGGAGGCUUUCUCUAUGCUGUGGGGGGCCAGGAUGGCGUGUCCUGCCUCAACAUUGUUGAGAGGUAUGAUCCAAAGGAAAACAAAUGGACUCGAGUGGCUUCUAUGAGCACCAGAAGACUAGGCGUGGCUGUGGCUGUGUUAGGAGGGUUCUUAUAUGCCGUAGGUGGCUCUGAUGGGACAUCUCCACUCAACACAGUGGAACGCUACAAUCCUCAGGAAAACAGAUGGCACACCAUAGCCCCUAUGGGGACCCGGAGGAAACACCUAGGCUGUGCAGUGUAUCAGGACAUGAUCUAUGCCGUAGGAGGUAGAGAUGAUACUACAGAGCUUAGCAGCGCUGAGAGAUACAACCCCAGAACUAACCAGUGGUCUCCAGUGGUGGCUAUGACAUCCCGCCGUAGUGGAGUUGGCCUGGCAGUGGUGAAUGGGCAGCUCAUGGCUGUAGGAGGCUUCGAUGGCACAACGUACUUGAAGACCAUUGAAGUUUUUGAUCCUGAUGCAAAUACAUGGAGGUUAUAUGGCGGGAUGAAUUACCGUCGGCUGGGGGGUGGUGUAGGAGUUAUUAAAAUGACACAUUGUGAAUCCCAUAUAUGGUGA